AUGCGUUUCUAUUCUGUUCGUUUUGGUUCUUUCUUUCUUUCUUUCUUUCUUUCUUUCUUUCUUUCUUUGACGUUUCUUUCCUUUCUAGUUUUCUUUCUUUCUUUGUCGUCUUUUCUUUUAAUAUCUUUCAUUCAUUCAUUCAAAUCUUUCGUUCUUUCUUUGAAGCUUUCAUCCUUCGUUCUCUUCUUCCUUGUUUCCUGGCUUUUUUCUUUCUUUCUUUCUUUUAAAAUCCUUCUUUUAAUAGCCUUUGCUGUCUUUCUUUCUUUCUUUCUUUCAUUCAUUCAAAUCUUUCUUUUCUUCUUUCUUCGUCGUUUUCAUCCUUCGUUCUCUUUUUCCUUAUUUCCUGGCUUUCUUUCUUUCUUUCUUUCUUUCUUUCUUUCUUUCUUUCUUUCUUUUAAAAUCCUUCUUUUAAUAGCCUUUGCUGUCUUUCUUUCUUUCUUUCUUUCUUUCUUUCUUUCAUUCAUUCAAAUCUUUCUUUUCUUCUUUCUUCGUCGUUUUCAUCCUUCGUUCUCUUUUUCCUUAUUUCCUGGCUUUCUUUCUUUCUUUCUUUCUUUUAAAAUCCUUCUUUUAAUAGCCUUUGCUGUCUUUCUUUCUUUCUUUCUUUCUUUCUUUCUUUCUUUCAUUCAUUAA